GCCCCCCAAGCGGGCCGACUCCCCCGAGCCGAGCACCGCCGAAAGCACGAACGUCCCGACGCCGGCGGGGGCGAACGUGCCCGCGCUUCAGCUCCCGUCGCAGGGUGUGACCUCCGCGUCGAGCGCGUCGCCGAGGUCGUCGCCGAGGAAGUCGCCUAGGCGGUCGCCGCCCCUCCUGCUGGCGAGGAGUCGGAAGGUGCCGAUGAAGAGUACGACGAUGAUGAUUUCGACGACGACUUCGAUCAGGACUUACUUCGGUGACGCAGGGGGGAGGGGCCGGGGGGGCGGCCUCCAGGUCCAAGUCGUCGGGCGGCGGCACCAGCCGGUCGAGCAGCAGCUCCAGCGCGGGCUCCCGCGGCUCCGGCGGCGGCGCGGGGCGGCCGAAGGAGCCCCGCAGCGCCGCGGCCGAGCAGCAGCCCGGCGGCGCCGCGGGGCGGUCGGCCUCGUCCUCGCCCUCGUCUGCGGCGGGCUCCUCGAAAGCAGGCUCCAGAGGAGUCUCAAGAGCUUCUGCGCCAUCGGCCGGUGUUGGGGUCAGACCAGCGGCAGACCGACAGGUGAAGGAUGAUGUGUCGCAGAAGGAUCAAGAUUCUUCGGAUGAAGAUGCUGGCGACGCUUCAAAGAGUGGUUCGGCUGCUCGGAGCGCUUCAAAAAGUGGAUCGGGUGUUCGAAGUCCAAGUGCUGGAUCAGAUGCCAGCGGAGCUGACAGAGACGAGGUUCGCAGUGCUCGAGACAGCGACGACGACUGAGGGACAUCUUUGCCCUUGAUGCUUGCACGCGCCCAGUUCCCUUCGUCAACAGCUCGCUUCAUAGUGUGUCAUAUUGACCGCCUUCUGUUGCUUCUUGCCAUGAGCAUGGCGCAUCAUAGCAGGUAGGGUAAUCAGCAAAUCCGCGCCUUCCGUGCGACAGUGAUUAUUUUGCCUCCAGAUGUUUUUGACUGUAGUCCUUCGCAGCGCCCGUCCAACGAUGAGUUUAAUCGCCGAAGCCGAUUCUAAAGUGGCAAGGCCAGCAGGAGCAGAUGCCACACACGUUUUCCCUUGGGCACGCCGUCACGUGCGUGCGCCCGUGUCACUUCAGGUGGUCUGAUCCCUUUCGCUAUGCUUGAAGAGCUUUCUGGGGCACGGCUCUGGUGUGCUGCUGUCCACACCACGGUAAUGACGCCGACUGGAGAUUUUGCCGCGGCGCCGAAUGCGCGCGGCUUUUUUUCGCUUCCCUCUUGUGAACUGAGCUGUCCUUGUUAAUCUGGCUUUUCCACUUGCAAAAA